UUCUGGCAGUUCGGCCAACUGUAGUAUUUAUGUGUCGAUUAUAGAACUGUUAUUAAUCUUUUAUGUUUUAGUAAGCCGCUUUGUAAUGAGACAUUUAUGAGUACAAACUAAACAAAGACAACAGCUGUGUGUGACGUUUUUGCUCUCCGAUUUGCCAGCUAAAGCUACAGCUUGAGGCUUAUCAACUCAACGCGUAAAGAGGACAGUGAAGUGUCAUGGUUCAGCCCCAACCCCACGGGGGAAGCACUUUGCACUGGGACAUGACAGGAGAAGAGGCCAUAGGCGGUGGGAGUCAUGGAUCCCUUGGAGCCAGUUCUCAAGGAUCACUAAGGGUACCACCCGAACUAGCUGGCAAUGAGGUAGUCCACAGACUGUUGGCAGACAACCACAGACUGCGAGAGGCAUUGAAGAGGAGUAAUGACGCGUUGAAGGAAAGGUGUGAGGAGAUGGAGGGAUGGCAGAGGAGGUCAAGGGAGGAGAGAGAGUUUCUCAGUUGCAGGUUCCGUGAGGCACGGGCUCUUGUGGAGCGGCUGGCACAGGAGAACCAGAGUUUGCAAGGCCAGCUCAACCAUAACACAAGCCAAACAGGAAAUCAUAGUAUGAACAGCGCUUCACAGACAGGAAGUCAAAGCCCAGAUCAAGAGCUAAAGUGCCCUGCCCAUGAACAAAAUGGCCUGAGAUAUUCUCCCGAGUCAGUUGGCGAAACAGAUAAGAAGGACAAGGCAGAGGCUGAGACAUCACCUCGAAGUUUGGCUGACUGUAGUGUGAAUAGCAGCGACAGUAGUAUCAUGCCCAGUUUGGGUGACAGCCUGCCUCUGUCUGAGGUGGAGGACUUGGAGGCAGGUCAUGAACAGGGUGUAGGCGGGGCCUGUCAGCCCACUGAAGGGUCAAAUGAGUUUCUCCAACUGCUUAAGAGCCACAAAGAGAAGCUGGAAGAAAGGUUGAGGGAUCUGAGGAGGAAAAAUGAGGAUCUUGAGAGAGAGAAAUUGGAGAGUGAGAAAGAGAAGGGAGGUUUACGCUUAACAGUGGAGCAGCUCCGCACCAAACUGACACAACUCACAGUGGGUUGUGGAGUAACAGAGGAGUCAGCCCAGCGGUCAGAAGUCACAGGCCACUCAGACAGUUCCCACCUGGCUAAACUCACAGAGCAACUACAGGCUGCACAAGGCAGGUAUAAAGAGCUACAGGAGAAGCUGGACUCUCUCCAAAAAAGUUCUGUUCAGAGAGACAGAACUGAAGCUUUGCUGAAACAGAAAGAGAAAGAAUGUGUGCAGCUGACAAAAGACACUGAGGCUCUGAGAGCCCAGGUCAAGUCUCUGUUGGGAGAGUUACAGGAACGCCAGACAUGCCUGGAGAAGAGCGAAAAAGAGAAACAACAGCUCGAGGAGAAGCUAUCCAGUAAGACAGAUUCACUGCAGUGUUUGGAGCGAGAGAUGGAACAGGUGAAGAAGCAGCACAGUGUGACUGUAGACAAGCUCCUGCUACAGACUCAGCAUCUGGAUACGGCUUUAAAGAACGAACGACUCGUUCUCGUUGAGGAGAGGAGGAAACUGGCUCAGUUACAACAUGCAUACACCUGCCUAUUCCAAGACUACGACUCCAAACUGAAAUCAGAGAACCAAGCAAAACAGAGGGGUGGAGAUGCAGAGGGCUUGGCUAACAGACUGGUAGAGGCAGAGAGAGCCCUAGCUUUGAAACAGGAACAUAUUGACAAACUGAAGGAGGAAGUAGAACAACUCAAAGGCUCAUUGGAGACUGUACCUGUUCUCACUGCACAGGCUGAAAUCUACAAGAUGGACUUCUUGGCCGAGAGGGAGGCACGGGAGAAGUUACAUCAGAAGAAGGAGGAGCUGCAGGAGCAGCUCAAUCAGGCGAAGGCUGAAAUUGACCGACUCAUACAAGAAGGAACCUCACGAGCACGUAUGGAGGAAAUGCAGCAGAGACACAUGGAAGAUUACAGAAAUCGCCUUCCACAAACAUCAGCACCGUUCCAAGGAGCAGCUAUGUUCAACCCUGCACAGCCUACCUCCUUCCGGAACAAUCAGUCUGAAGAGCUGCCUGACUACCGCUGUCCCAAGUGUCAGUACCGAGCCCCAGAUAUGGACACCUUGCAGAUCCAUGUCAUGGACUGCAUUCAGUAAGCCAAGAGGGGCCUGGGAGCAGGGCUACUGAGAAUGUUGUACAGGGACAGAGUCCUGCUCCCCAGUCAAUGACUCUAGUGAGGGACAACAAAGCAACACAACGCAACACAACACAACACAACACAACACAACACAAGUAAAUAACUCAUUGCAAACAGGUAAAAAAAAUGACCUUGGGAUUGUCAAAUAACAAUUGGAAGAGAAACUGAAUUUUGAACUUUGAACUUUGAACUUUGAAUGGCGACCUGAGAGGUGAAAUAUUAGAUUGUCAGUUUUCUUAUCUUGUGGUCGUAGAGCAGAUCCUGAUGUUCCAUUUACCGUGCUUGUGUGAUCUCUGCUAGUAACCCUGAUGUACUUCCUAUCUGUCACAGCAUUUUGUAAUGUCCUGCACGUUUGAAUGUGUGUAUGAAUGUGUGUAUGUAUGUAUGUAUGUAUGUAUGUGUGUAUGUGUUUGUUUUUGCUUCACAGCAUUUGCCAGUGAGUGCCAAUAUUUCUUUGUACCUGUGAUUUUUGUCUGGUUUUUGGAUGUAGGCACUCUUGGAGAGAGAUUCAUGCCAGUUUUAUGUGUUAAUAUUGUUUAUCUCAUCUGAAAUGAAAAAAAAGUCAUGUAUAGAUACAAUUGUUAUGCAAAAC